AUGUCUGGAAUUGGAGGAAGAGGACCGGCGUGGACUAAUGUUGAACUUUUAGCCUUUUGUUCGGCUGUCGAAAAGAAGCACGAAAUACUUUUUAAUACACAAAAGGGUGCCAAUUAUAGUAAAACAAUCGAAGAAGCGUGGAUUGAAAUUGCACAAGAGAUGAUUGAAAUGGGAUAUAUGAGGUUUAGCGACAAGAAUGUGAAACAAUUGAGAGGAGAUAUUUGGAGUAAGAAGAAGGAGGCAGUAAUGAAGAAAUAUGAUAUUUCACAAAAGACUGGGAGUGGAAAAACAAAAUGGGAGGAAUGGGAAAAAGUUAUUCUCCGUAUUGUUAAAAGAACGAAACAAGCUGAUGGUCUUGAUAUUAGUGACUCAGGAACGGCUCCAUCAAAAUUACAAACAAAACUUUUAAGUGAAGUGAAAUUGUGUGAAAUACCCGAAUCUUCGUGUACACCUCGAGCUACAAAAAAACGAAAAGUUUGUAAAAUAUGUAGAUAA